AUGUCGCUAGAAGCAACCAACGGCUUUGUUGCCGCCAACGGCGUGCACGACCUUACUGUAGAGAGUUUACCUAUAUUCGAUGUCGAACCCGUACAACUCCAAUUCUCUAUCGCCGCCGACUUUGUUGCUGCUCAGGUUGCCAAUAAUGUGCUUGUAUUAGCCUUGUCCAAUGGGCGCAUAUUGCGCAUCGAUCUAAAUCGACCAGAAGAUAUAGAUGAUAUCGACCUUCCUAGGCGAGUUUCCGAAGUAGGCACUAUCCGGCGCAUGUUCCUUGACCCCACAGCCUCCCAUCUACUCAUAUGUACUUCUCUCGGCGAGAACUAUUACCUGCACACCCAGUCACGCCAACCGCGGCCCCUAAGUAGGUUACGUGGAGUCUCUGUCGAGUCCGUAGCUUGGAAUCCGUCUCUACCAACAGCUACGACACGGGAGAUCCUGAUAGGGGCCUCCGAUGGAAAUAUAUACGAAACAUUUAUUGAAACCUCAACCGAGUUCUACAGGAAAGAGGAGAAAUACUUAAAGGUGCUACACAAGCUUCCUGAUGGACCAAUUACGGGACUUUGGGUUGAUAAUAUGGGUGGGAAAGUCGAUGUAAGGAGAGUCGUUUUCGCUACGCAGAGUCGUAUACUUCAUCUUGUAGGCAAGGUUGGACGGAGUAGUCACGACGGGAGCGGUUCGAUCUAUACGAGGUUAUUCGACUCCGAGCAACCCAUUAUACACGAAAUUUCACGAGGCUCAACUACCGCACCUUCGAUGCUUGCUAUCUCACCAGAUCCUCCAAAUUCUCAUAUUUACGAGGAUACCGUUCCAGACCGAGCCUUUGCGUGGCUUUCUUCACACGGCGUCUAUCAUGGGAAGCUUCUAACAACUCCGAUGAACAAUGAUCUCGGAAACAAGGUGUUCGCCGAGUCGAAACUCCUGUCAAAGUCGCAAGUCGUCUCAACAGAGACAGCAGGACGAAAAAAGACCCCAUCCGAGUCUAUUGACGCGAUCUCACUAACCCAAUGGCAUAUCAUCGGCCUGAUUGGCGGUCGUAUCGUAGCAAUAAAUCGAUUAACUGGGUCGGUUGUGUAUGAUCAAUUAAUUUUAGACCAGGGACAAAAAGCCCUAGGUCUAUAUAUCGAUCAGCAAAAAAACACGUUCUGGCUUUUUACCGCACAAGAGAUAUUUGAGAUCGUUGUUAGAGAUGAGGAUCGAGACAUAUGGCGAAUUAUGCUACAGAGACAACAGUUUGAUAUGGCCAUGCAAUAUGCUCAUACUCCAGCCCAAAAAGACGCAGUUUCAAUGGCGUCUGGCGAUUAUCUUGUUGAAAAGGGGCUAUUCGUUGAGGCCGCUGGUGUAUAUGGCAAAAGCAGCAAACCGUUUGAAGAUGUGGCGCUUGCCUUCAUCGAUCACAACCAAAAUGAUGCCUUGCGAAAAUAUCUUAUCACAAAACUAACGACGUACAAAAAGUCAUCUACGAUGCAAAGGAUGAUGAUAGCCACGUGGCUAGUCGAGAUAUUCAUGGCGAAGCUCAACUCCCUCGAGGAUUCCAUUACUGUGGAAGCCGAGUCUGCCGAAAAUGGGAACGCAAAGGAGUCACGGCAUCAACUCGACACAGUUCGAAGCGAGUUCCAGGACUUCGUUAAUAAACACAAAUUCGAUCUCGAUCGUAAAACAACGUACGAUGUUAUUAGCAGUCAUGCUCGAGAAGAUGAGCUUCUAUUUUUUGCUAACGCGGUGAACGACUACAAUUAUGUCCUAUCGUAUUGGGUACAGAGGGAGCGAUGGGCGGAAACUCUGAACGUGCUCAAGAAGCAAACAGACCCGGAAGUCUUCUACAGAUAUAGUAGCGUAUUAAUGACACAUGUCGGACAUGAGUUAGUCGAGAUCAUGAUGCGGCAUCCUAAACUCGAGCCGCGCAAAAUCAUCCCGGCGCUCCUCGACUACAACAGGACUUUCAAAGGAACACUCCUCCAAAACCAAGCUAUCAGGUAUCUGCAGUUCGUCAUUAAUCAGGUUCAUUCCAUAGAUGCGGCUGUUCAUAACACUCUUGUCUCUAUCUACGCGUCGCAUGCGUCCAAAGAUGAGUCAGGACUCCUAGCAUAUCUCGAAUCCCAAGGCGAAGAACCUCAUUUCGAUCCCGAUUUUGCGCUUCGGUUGUGUAUUCAACACAAACGGACCCUCUCAUGCGUACAUAUUUACACGAAUAUGGGACAGUAUGUCCAAGCCGUAGACCUUGCACUUUCACAUAACGAGGUGGAAUAUGCUUCUAUAAUUGCGGAUCGACCUAUGUCUAACCCUGCUCUGCGAAAGAAGCUGUGGCUCGCGGUAGCUCGUAAGGUCAUCUCACAGUCCAACGGCAUUAAGACAGCCAUCGAAUUUCUAAAACGCUGCGACCUCCUUAAGAUCGAGGAUUUAAUCCCUUUCUUCCCUGAUUUUGUUGUGAUAGAUGACUUCAAGGAUGAAAUUUGCGACGCGCUCGAAGAUUAUUCGCGUAAUAUCGAUAGUCUAAAGAAGGAGAUGGACGAGAGCUCUCAGACGGCCGCCAACAUCAAGAUUGAUAUUGCUGGCCUCGACCAUCGCUAUGCCAUCGUCGAGCCAGGCGAGAAGUGUUACGUAUGCGCCUUACCCCUCCUUAGUAGACAAUUCUUUGUCUUUCCGUGUCAACAUGCCUUCCAUUCCGACUGUCUUGGGAGAAAAGUGCUGGAGCAAGCGGGGGUCAGCAAGAGUAGGCGUAUCAAAGAGUGUCAGGUGCAGAUUAGCAAAGGCCUCGUCAGCGGCGCUAGGAAGGAUGUCAUGGUCGCGGAACUAGACGCUUUAGUGGCUUCAGCAUGUAUCUUAUGUAGCGACUACGCUAUUAAGCGUAUCGACGAGCCCUUCAUUACGGCGGACGAUGACAAGGGCGAGUGGGCUCUAUAA